AUGGAGAAGGGUGGGGGCAGUGUGGAGAAGACAGAUGGUGAGAUGGAGAAGGGUGUGGGCAGUGUGGAGAAGACAGAUGGUGUGAUGGAGAAGGGUGAGGCAGUGUGGAGAAGACAGGUGGUGAGAUGGAGAAGUGUGAGGCAGUGUGGAGAAGACAGGUGUGUGGAGAAGACAGGUAGUGAGAUGGAGAAGGGUGGGGGCAGUGUGGAGAAGACAGAUGGUGAGAUGGAGAAGGGUGGGGGCAGUGUGGAGAAGAAAGAUGGUGAGAUGGAGAAGGGUGGGGGCAGUGUGGAGAAGAAAGAUGGUGAGAUGGAGAAGGGUGUGGGCAGUGUGGAGAAGACAGAUGGUGUGAUGGAGAAGGUGUGGAGAAGACAGGUGGUGAGAUGGAGAAGGGUAUGGGGCAGUGUGGAGAAGACAUAUGGUGAGAUGAAGAAGGGUGGGGCAGUGUGGAGAAGACAGGUGGUGAGAUGGAGAAGGGUGAGGCAGUGUGUAGAAGACAGAUGUGAGAUGGAGAAGGGUGAGGGCAGUGUGGAGAAGACAGAUGGUGAGAUGGAGAAGGGUGAGGGCAGUGUGGAGAAGACAUGGUGA